GGGUGCCCGCGGGCUGUGUGGGUGCCCAUGGGGUGCCACUGGCAGGGUGGCAAUGGGAUGUGGGGUGCCCGCGGGGGUGCCGAUGGUGUCUGGAGGUGCUGAUAGGAUGCCCGUGAGUUUUGGGCGUCACGGGGGUGUCACCGGGGGUGCCACCGGCGCCCGCAGAUGCGGCGCAUCCUGGAGCGGGUGGGCUGCUGCAUCGUGGGGCAGAGCGCGGAGCUGGUGCCCGCCGACCGGGUGCUCUACGGGCUGCGCGAUGUCACGGCCACCGUGGACAGCCUGCCCCUCAUCACCGCCUCCAUCCUCAGCAAGAAGGCGGCGGAGCGGCUCUCGGCGCUGGUGCUCGACGUCAAGUUCGGGGGCGCAGCUCUGUACCCCACCCAGGAGAGCGCGCGGGAGCUGGCGCGGAGCCUGGUGACACCUCGGGACCCCCGGGACCCCUGCCCGCUGUCCCGGGCCAUUCCCGCUGUCCCUGUCCUUGCUCCUGCCCCUGCCCCUGGCUGUCCGUGUCCCCACGUGUCCCCUCCCUGCCUGCUCUCACCCCGGAAGGUCAGGGGGACCCCCACCCCAAACCCCCCUGCCCACACCCUGCACCUCGGGGGUCCCUGA